GGUUGGCAGAACGCGCCCGCGCACCGCCAGUCGGCAAUCCGCCCGGGCGGGCGCCACACACACGACCGGAGUCUGCGCGCGCGAUCAGCGGUAUCGAAAUAUAUCACAAGUGCACCAAUACGAAUACCAACGACCGAAAGGAUUUGCGAGCGCGAUUCUGUGAAUCAAAUACGAGUAAAGUGAACGAGUCUCGAGUGCAGAGCAAACGACAGACGCCGCACCACGAGAGAGCGAUUAUAGGGUUCAAAGAGCCCACGACGAAACGAUUCGAGACGCAACCGUAGAAGCAUUCGCGGUCUCUCGAAAUACUGCAAAUCGCUCGGUGACGGGUCAGGCACCUCACGCUGCACUGCUCUUAUCUUAGUCGUAUCAAAACGAAAACUCGAAUAACACCUCUAUCAGUGGCCACGAUAGGGGUGUACUUGUUUAUAUAUGCAUAUAUAAAACGGAGAAAACUGAUCUCUAACGUGACGUCACAAAUUUGUGAUUAUUUUUUAUUAUUAUUGUUAAAAACUUGUAUUCGCAUUUUCGACGUGUAUAGUUAGUUUUUGUACGUAUUUAUUGAUGUUGUAAAUAGAGAAAAUAAUAUAGCCAAAAUAAGUGUGACAUUGCGUUAAUAUAACUAUAAUACUAGUCAUUCAUCUAGUGUAUCUAUUUAUUUAAAUAUUAUGAGUCUUGUCUGUAGAGUAAUAAUAAAAACUUGAAAAAUUAAAGUGAAUAACAGCUUACAGUAGCUACCAAAGAGUUGGGAAACACGCGGCAAACCAACAAAAAGUUUGACAACUAAAUAGGCGGGAAAUCGCGACCACAGUUUCUACACGUGCCACAGAGCAAAUAUAUCGGGCUGACAACCUAAUCAUUCGUAACCACAGAAUAUAAAAACUGUAUUAUAACACAGAGUAAAUACGUCCGACGGAAAAUUGGCGGUCAUAGGACAUAUUUUUUGAAAUCAGUCGGCCACAGAUAAACAAUAUGAGCAACGAGAUAGGCAGUGGGCUGCAGAGGAGCUACAGGAUGCAGGACUUUGCGUCGCCUGGCGUCAUCAUGAGGGAGCGCAGUUUCAUUCGCCCUCAGUCGCACCAUAAUAUGCAUCAUAACCAGUUUCCGAAUAACGGGAAGCGGCGGAGCAUGAUUCUGACCAACGCCAAGGGCAAACCCACGCUGGAGAUAUACAGACCCCCAGGUGUCCGCACAGACGCACCAGCCACCACCAACAAGCUGAACGUCCACGCCAAGGAGUUCACCAUGGCCAAGCCCGCUGAUCAGCAGAAUCGACCAGCAAUGGGCGUGACCUUCGGAGGAGGGCUGCAGCACUCCCGCUCGGCGGUGCUGUCGGCGCAGGUGCCCCCGCACUACCGGCCCGUGAUGCCCGUGCACGCGCUCCUCAACAGCGCGUCCAGCGGCCACGUGGCGCAGGGUCCACGUGUCCACUUCAAACUGCAGCCGCAGCAGAACUUCCCAGAGAAGAAGAAGUCCCCUCCCUCCUCCCUUACCAAUGGGAACGGGAAGAGUAUUCGUCCACAGUUCGUGCCCGGGCUAAAGCGCUCCAAGUCGCUCACGUCGGCUGAUGCUCUAGCGAGUGGAAUGGCGGCGUUAGGACUGGCUGCUGAUGCAGGAGAUUUAGGCAACUUCCCGCAGGAGAUACAGGAGUGCAUCGACAAGGCGCUCGAAGACCCUAACUCGGUAUGCGCACGGACCCUAAUGGACGCCGUGGGGCACCUGGUGUCGCGCGCGGUGGAGUCGCCGCGCUACGCGCUGCCGGCCGCGCGGCGCUGCAUCGCCGUGGUGGAGCGCGAGCAGACCGAGACCUUCCUCGAGUCGCUGCUCAACACCUGCCAGCAGUGGUACCACGAUCGGGAGAAGCUGUUGGGCACGGUUGUGGGCGGCGGGCGGCCGCGGCUGAUGGCGUUCCUGUCGUUCCUGCUGGAGAUGUACUGCCAGCUGCGCCGGCGCGCCAUCCAGCGGCGCGGCGCGUCCGCGCAGCCCGGACACGUGCUGCUCACGCUCAUCUGCAAGUGCUGCGAGGACUGCAUCCGCCAGCCGGUGCCCUCCGCCGGAGACACGGAAAACCUGUUCUUCGUGCUGACGUACAUCGGUCGCGACCUGGAGCAGGCGCUGCCGGGCGACCUGGAGCGCCUCCUCACGGCCGUGCGCGACGCCUUCCUCAACACGCACGCCGCGCCCUCCAUCCGCCGCACGCUGCUGCAGCUCAUCGAGCUGCACGCGAGCCGCUGGCAGCUGCCGGGCUGCGCCGUGCUCUACUACUACCCCUCCUCCAAGUAGGCAGCCGUAGGCGGCGGAAAUAUGCGUACACCGAUGUGUCGUCGCAAACUAUGCGGACUUGCGAAAUUUCCACGUGGAAAAUUUUAGGAGACUUGUCAUAUUGAUGGAUAAAUUUUCCAUUCCGAAAAUUAAAGUUUCCUGUGAAAUAUUCCAGAAAUUUUAAGGACAUCUGCGUAGAUUGGGAAGCUAAUUACGAAAAUCUGCGUGUAUAGCUCUACAUGCGUGACGUUUACAUCCUUGUGGUAUUAAGAUGAAGAUACGUUUUGACCGUCCGACUGUCGCGCGAAGGGCCGCGCCGCCCUAGGCUUUAGCCUCAUAGUUAUAUAACUAUUACAACAAUAUUGUUGCAGGACGAAAAUGCCACUUUAGCAGGACUUUAGGAGGGUUCUCUAAUAAACUAGAGUCUGGUGCGCCUGGUUAAUUACGUAAACGCAUGCAUAAAACUGCUGCAAGCUCAGAUCGAGUGCCUUUCAAAUUCAUUAAACAUUUUCAGCACUUUCAAGAUAUUGAACACAAGUUUCCAACGGAAACAUGUAUGAAAUUUCUUUUAAAAGUGCGAAAACGAGCUGUAUAAUAUUUUAGAUUAGCUCUAGGUGGAUUAUUAUGUAAAGGAGACGGAGAUAUAUGCCUUAAAAGUAUUAAAAAGUACGUGUAACAUAGAUAGUUGACAAAAUGGUGUACACUACUGUACGGUCCCCGCAUAGUAUUUGGUGCAUUGCAACCUUUGUCGUUUGUUUAUUAUUCUAACUCUAGGUACCUAUUGCCAUCUCCGUUGUAAGCCUCUCGCUUUUUGUAUACUUGUGCCGUAUAUAGCUUUGUUAGUUAUUCAAUAUCUAAUAGCUGUCUUGAAGAUUUUACUAGGGCUACUAGGCACCAUCAGUUAACCCUUAUCCAGGCAUCAUAGUACGAUUUAUCGACCACAUACGCGCCACUAGAAUUUCUACUUAAGCAUUCCGAUUUAAGAUUCAAAUAAGAUUGCACUUUCGGGAAAUUUGAUUUGUCUUGAAUCAUCAGAGCUGGAUUAAUUGGAAUAUAUUUGGAUUUUUCAGAAAAACCUUGUAGAUUGGUGCCGGCCUGGAUAUGGGUUAAACAAUUAAUUAAAGUUAGUAAUCUUUUCAAGACAAGCUAGCAUGAUUUAAUAUUAUGGAAUUCAUGUUUUUAUUUUAUUCCCUAAAUUAUUAAGUAAUUCAGCCAGCUUAUGUAAUAAAUAAGCAAUUUUAUUUUGUUUACCCUUUUUCUUUCAAAUUAACGUUUGACUGAGAUUAGCGCGAGAAUUUCAAUGUUAAUUAUGCUUGUGAUAUUAUUUAAAUUUAAGUUACUGUAGGGUCUGUUUAUUUCUGUCCUAACCAAAGACUGUAAUGGCGUCGAUAUGUCUUAAUUAACAAGGAUUAAUCAAAAUAGUUGUUGAAGCUGGACCAAAAUUUGUUUUAUGUAUUUUACCACACUCUUGACUUGUUUAGAGAUAAGUGAUACCAUAGUACUUUUAAGUUCACAUUUACAUUAACAAGCACAAUAUAAAGGCAUUUAUUUGAUUGUAACAUUGAUAUCAUGUCAAAUACAAAGUAAAUUCAAUUGUGUUAGAUAUUGAGUAAAGAAAAAAAGACAAAAUAAUGUUUCUGCCACUCGAUCGGCGAUAGAUAGAUCCUGUGACAUUUCAAAUGACAUUUGUUGUAGUGAUGCCAAAGUAUCGAUAAUUUUACUUUUUUUUUUGGGCAAUGGUAGUAUUGUAAAACAGCCAAGUCAGUUGAAAACGUAGUAACUUAUGAUUCAGACAUUAUCAAAGGAAGUUUUCUCAAAGACUUGAUGCCAAAAACUCAUAUGAAAACUCCCAUGCGAAUUAACCACACGGUUGUACCUGAUUCAGAGGAAUCUCUUGUUUACAGAUAGAAAUCAGUUUUAAUCCAAAUAAACAAUUUUUCAUUUUCAUUCAUUUUCAUUUUCAAAUCAAUAAAAUUAACCUCCUUUAUUGCGCUAACAUCUAUGAUUCAUAACUGGGUGGUUCAUUAAAAAAUUUAAAAAUGUUUUACUCAGAUGUUCACAACUGAAUUUGUCUUGAUACUUGAUUUGUUAUCAAUGUUGCACCAUAUAUUAUUGUGGUGUUUCCACAAUAAAAAUCGGCCAGCAUAAUUAUUUAAUUAUUAUAGAAAUGUAUUUGAUUGCUUAAUAUGUGUAAAAUAAUUAUGAACUUUGUGAAGCAGUGUCAACUUUUAAGUAUUACUGUAUUACACUUUUAUUAUAAUGUGUGGGACUUGUAUAAGUCUUUAGUGAAUGUUGUAAAUUCAUGUUAGUUGAUUCACAAUGUAAAUUAUAUGUUAGAUUAACAUAUAAAACACAAAAGACCAUAACUGUUCAUUACAUAUUACUAUGCAUUCUUAGCAGGUUAAGGUAUGAUUUAUA